AUGCCCUCUAAUUUCUCCUACCCUUCCACUCGCUCUCGUACCAUAUCAGCGGUGGCUAGCCAAAUCCAGCUUCCACCCCCCGCCACUGAGUCAGCCACUCCGGGUCAGUACCGAGUCGACGUCCUCUCCGAAUCGCUCCCUUUCUUUCAGAAAUUCAGAGGUAAAACCAUCGUCGUCAAGUACAGAGGCGCAGCCAUGAAGUCCCCGGAACUCCAAGCCUCCGUCAUCAACGACCUUGUCCUCCUCUGCGUCGGCCUCCGCCCCGUCAUGGUCCACGGUGGCGGCCCCGAGAUCAACAACUGGCUCAACCGACUCAACAUUCCCGCCGUCUUUCGCGACGGCCUCCGCGUCACCGAUGUUGACACCAUGGAAAUCGUCCUCGUCGGCAAGGUCAAUAAAACGCUCGUCUCGCUCAUCAACAAGGCCAGAGCCACCGUUUUCGGCCUUUCCGGCAUGGAUGGCCGCCUCCUAACGGCGCGCCCUAGCCCUAAAGCCGCAGACCUAGGAUUUGUCGGCGAGGUUUCAAGAGUGGAUCCAACCGUUCUCCGAUCGUUAGUCAAAAGUAACCACAUUCCGGUGGUGACGUCGGUGGCGGCAGAUGAGUUCAGACAGCAGAGUUUUUAUUAA